GGAACACUUUCGUUUUCACAGAAGCACCACGGAAUAUUUUAACUCGCGUAAUCCUGAAACGAUUUCCGGUUGUCAACAUCCCGGCUGUUAAAGUUAGCGAAAGCACUAUUGCCACUCCACGGUCUACCGACAAGUGGAAUAGACCCCCUGCAUCGGCAUGGAUGGCGAAGAAAGGACCUAUGGUGGCUGUGAAGGACCAGAAGCCAUGUAUGUGAAAUUGAUAUCUUCAGAUGGCCAUGAGUUCAUUGUGAAAAGAGAACAUGCAUUGACAUCGGGUACUAUCAAGGCUAUGCUGAGUGGUCCAGGUCAGUUUGCCGAGAAUGAAACCAACGAAGUCAACUUCAGGGAGAUUCCCUCUCAUGUCCUGUCCAAGGUCUGCAUGUACUUCACUUACAAGGUCCGCUACACCAACAGCUCCACGGAAAUCCCUGAAUUCCCCAUCGCUCCCGAGAUUGCACUGGAACUGCUCAUGGCGGCUAACUUCCUGGAUUGCUAAAGUUACUGUUUAUGCAGUAGCCUAGAAAUGCUUUUAGAUGCUUUUGACUAUUUAACUUGUUUUGCCAUAAAACCAUGUAAAACAUUGAUUUUUGCAUCAGAAUAUCAAUCAUUGUUUUGAGUAUUAAAGGAUUUCAUUUUAAUUUAAUGUAUGAAUUCGGCAGACUGUGUUUAUUUCGAUAAUGUGACAGACGUGUCUGUUCUACCCACAAUCUUCCCUACCCUCUGUCUUAGUAAACAGCUGUUUGAACUGAG